GGACAGUAUUUUUCGUGCCUGUUGCUGUUGCUAGCCGUGGAUUAAUCAAACAGAUAACAAUGAAGGUGUGCACCCUGGUUUUUGCUGUACUGGCAGCUUGUGCAGUGUCUUUAGCAGCUGAGCAUGGUCCGUUACUGACUGCGCUGCAGCCAAAUGGCAUUCAAGAGUUCGUUGUGGUCGAGCCAGAGGCAGAACAGAGUAGAGAAAAGAGAUCACUGUUACUGGGAGCUGGUCUAUUGGGCGCUGGUGCGAUCGGAGCCGGAGUCCUGGGAGCUGGCGUGGUGGGGGCCGGGUUACUUGGUGCUAAGGCAGUUGGCGCUGGUGUAUUUGGCGGUGCCUUGGCUGCUUCUGCAAUCGGACGCAGCUACGGAGGAGGGUACGGCUACGGCGGAGGAUAUUAUGGUGGAUAUGGCUAUGGUGGAUACAGGAGCUACAGGAGCUACCCAUAUAGCAGUUACGUAGAAGAGUGGUGAAAUACUUUUUUAAAUGUUAGUUUUAUAUUGUUGUUAAUUU